GAGUCACUGGUUCGGCUGCUCAAUCCUGCUGCUCUACAGCGCGAGUCAGUUCCGAGGCGGGGCUGGGAGGUGGCGCGUGUCGCUUGGAUACUUUCUUUACCCUUCAGUACGAAAUAAGGCGAACGGUCAUAGUGAAAAUUGAGAUUUGGUGCAUUUACCCCCCCCCUAGAAGAACCGGACACAACCUCGCGAAGUAAGUGACUCAGGUUUCGUCUUUUAAGCAGUGCACGGAGAAGGGAGCGGUACAGGUAAUCGAAACGAGCCGGAUCUGGGGAGCAGUGCACUCUAAGAAGACGAUGCUGUUGUGCCUGCUGGGCUUUUCGGCCGUGCUUCUGCACGUAGAGAGCAAGCGUGCGGAAACCAUCGGCAGAAAUAACAACAAUGGACAUUCCCUGGACAAUGACAAAUGGCUCAGCACCGUGUCUCAGUACGACAAGGACAGAUACUGGAACAAGUUCCGAGAUGAAGUGGAGGAUGACUACUUCAGGACAUGGAGUCCUGCAAGCAAACCCCUGGACCAAGAGACAGAUGUGAGGUCCGGUAGACGCGGGGAACCAGGAUCCAAAUCUCGGGCUGCUUCGGGGAAGUGGAGAGCCGAGGCCGGUCUGGAUGCAACCAAAGAUCCCUGUAUGAAGGUUCGCUGUCCUCCUCAUAAGAUGUGCGUCACCCACGACUACCAGACAGCCAUCUGUACCAAUCACAGACAGCAGCCUCACAGUGUCCUGCCUGUGAAAGGAGGUCUAUCCCACAAGGUCUGGAUGGGAGCCAGCAGUCAUGGGAGGUGCCUCCCUUGUCCAGUUCUCCACCCAAGCCCGGUGUGUGGCUCCGAUGGACAUACCUACUCCUCCAAGUGUAAGCUCGAAUUCCAGGCCUGCACCUCCAAAAAGAGCAUCCAGCUGAGGUGUGAGGGGCCGUGUCCGUGUCUGCCGGGGCGGGAGGCCAUGAAACCCAAGAUCGAAAAGACAGUCUGCAGCGACCGAGAGCUGAGGAGUCUGGCCUCCAGACUGAAGGAUUGGUUCGGCGUCCUUCACCUGGACGCUAACAGAGACCUGAAGAGUACAGUCACCUCGGAUGCCGGACAAGGCCGUUUUGACACCAGCAUCCUGCCCAUCUGUAAGGACUCCCUGGGCUGGAUGUUCAACAAGCUGGACAUGAACUACGACCUUCUGCUAGACCCCACAGAGCUGAGCGCCAUCUAUCUAGACAAGCAGGAGCUGUGCCUGAAGCCUCUCUUCAACUCCUGCGACUCCUUCAAGGACGGCAAGCUGUCCAACAACGAGUGGUGCUAUUGCUUCCAGAAGCCAGACGGACUUCCCUGUCAAAAUGAGAUGAACAGGAUCCAGUCCCAGGGCAGGAGGAAGUCUCUUAUAGGUGCAUUCAUCCCCAGAUGCAACGAGGAGGGAUACUUCAAGCCCACACAGUGCCAUGGCACCACUGGCCAGUGCUGGUGUGUUGACAAGUACGGCAACGAGAUUGCCGGAUCCAGGAAGCAGGGCAACCCUAGCUGUGAGGAAGACCAAGAGAGCUCGGGGGACUUUGGCAGUGGUGGGGCUGUGGUUCUGCUGGAUGACCAGGAGGACGAGCAGCCCCUAGCACUGGGGGGCCACGCCCGGUCCCGGGGGGCCAUCGACGAUGACGAGGAUGAGGAAGAUGACAAAGACGACGAGAUGGGUUACGUGUGGUAGCUCUCACAGGAUGUCCGCCCUCCUCCAGUUAAUCGCACAGACCUGAAGCCAUUCCACUCCUGCCCCCCCCCCCCUUUAUUUUACCCCGUCUCCGUCGUUCCCUUUCCAAGCCCACCUCUCGACUUUCUGAGAACAUGAAUUACAACAGAGACUUCGCCAUUAUUUUAGAGUACUGCAACAAGUCAUCCCCCUAACCCUACUGCCCGCCCCUCUCAUCCAGAAAUUCCGCUGCUAUUCCAAAAAAUC